AUGUUUCUUAAGGAUUUGGAUGAUGAUGAAAGUGAAAUGAUGCAUAAAAAACUUCUACUCCAAAUAGUAGAAAUUAUUGUAUCUAUUGAAGAACUCAUUAAUGAAGAUGAAAGACUUGACUACAAUUAUGUAAUUAAAAAUGAGCAACUCAAAGCAAUUGAAGAUACUAAGGUUACUUCAAAGAGUUCAAAGAGUUUAAAGAGACGAAAAGGAAUAGUUCUGUUUAUUCGCAUAUUUCCG